AUGAGUGGGAAUGCUGGUGAUGAUAAUAUGGAGAGCAGUGUGCAUUUAGCAGUACCGAUUCCCUUUGGUGGUGAAGAGCAGCCGUUGUUAAUGGAUGGUCGUUCUGCUGGAGGAGUCUCGAGACACAGGAGUAAUACAAUCUCGAGUAUUAUGAGUGGAUAUGAGGUAGUUAAGGAAUACUUCGAUAAGAAAAAAUUUGUUUAUUUGCUGUUAGCCAGUCUAACGGUCUAUUGUGCCUUUUUAGCGGCGUUUGCACCAAGAACUUCUUUGGUUAGAGACAUUAGACGAAUCAAUUCUUCUAAGAUCACUGAAGCUGAAGUUUAUCGAAUCUUUUUAGAUACAAUGCAUGAGCACAAUGGUGCUCAAGAUCAUCUGAGGAACUAUACACAUCAAGGACACAACAUAGGAGAUCAAAAUUCGUUGGAAUAUACGGUGAAUCAGUUUAAACAGAUGGGGUUUGAACCAAAACUUGAAAAAUACUAUCCAUGGAUUAACAAACCUGUGCACACCGGUGUGACUCUCUACAGGAAAGAAGAAAUUGCAUUUGAAGCUACCAUGAUGGAAGAUUGUGUUCAGGAUGACCCAACUAGUUGUAGUAAAGACCGAAUCCAAGGAUACCAUGCGUACUCCUCCAACGGCGAAGUUAGAGCUCAAUAUGUCUUUUGCAACUAUGGAACUUUACCUGAUUAUCUCAAACUUCUUGACGCAGGAAUAGAUAUUGAAGAUAAAAUCCAUAUAAUACGGAUUGGACCCAUUUCUCAGGGAUUACAAGUAAGAAAUGCAGAGCUAUAUGGUGCAUCAGGUGUUAUCACUUAUACCGAUCCUCAUGAUGAUGGUACAGUCACAGCUAAACAUGGAUUUUUAACGUAUCCUGAGGGACCCGCCAGAAAUCCUAGUAGCAUUAAGCGCGGCUCAGUAGCAUUCCUUACAGAUUUUAACGGUGAUCCAACGACCCCAGGUUAUCCAUCCAAAUACCCUGCGAUGGAAAGGUUGUCUCCAGCUGGCAAGAUUCCUACCAUUCCCUCAGUACCUAUGAGCGCUAAAGAGGUUGCCCCCCUUUUGCGUGAGUUGAAUGGAUAUGGUGUGCAAAUAGGUAACGCUGGUGAUGUCGAAGGAUUCGAUUAUUCAACUGGACCCUCGCCUGAUGGGGUUGAAAUCCUUUUGCAAAACGAACAAGAUUAUCAAACCGUGGAGAUUACCAACGUUGUAGUGGAAAUUCCCGGUAUUUUCCAAGAAUACGAUAUAAUCAUUGGCAAUCACAGAGAUUCUUGGGGAGUUGGCGGCGCAGGCGUAUCCAACUCAGGCAGUGCCAUUUUGUUAGAGACAGCUAGAGGUUUCAGUCAGCUUUUAAAACGUGGUUGGAAACCCUUCAAACCGAUAAAGUUGAUCAGCUGGGAUGGUGGCUCACCAGGAAUGCUAGGGUCCGCAGAACACGCUGAAGAACACGCUCAAAUUAUUAAAAAACACUCACUAGCGUAUUUGAGUUUGGAUUCAGCCAUUAGUGGUACUCAGUUUCACUGUGAGAUGAAUCCCUUAUUAUACGAGAUCAUUCGGAAGGCCGCCAAGUACACAAGCUUCAAAAUGGAAGAUUGGACCCUCUUCGAUGAAUGGAGGUCUAUAUCAAAUCUCACAGGCGAAGAUUUAUCGGUGGAGACAGAUUUAGCGCCCUUCCAGUAUCAUCUAGGUAUACCAUCAUCUUCAUGCCGAUUUCAAAACAACGGUUCAGGCGACCCCAUACUAGCUUCAAAUUCUAAUUAUGAUACUUUUACGUGGAUGGAAACUCAGCUGGAUCCAGAUUACAAAAUGCAUAACACUUUGGCGGUACUCACAGGCCUCACCACCCUAAUGCUGAGUGAGAAGGAAUUAAUCUCCUUCAGGACGCAGCCGUAUUUUGCCAAGAUACAAACUCAUUUCGGAAAAUACCAUAAGCGAUUAAUAUCAAUUUUUCCCUAUGACAGACAACUGCUUCGCUUGGCUAAGACAGUCUCUGAUCUUUUACAAUCUCUAGAAACUAGUGAAUCUCAACUAUUUGACGAUGAAAACGCACUUUUGAAUAGCCAGUUGAUACAGGAUUAUCCCGGGUGGCUUUUCUACAAAAAAAUUUCGCUAUAUAUUCGUCUGUUAAGGGCAAAUAGCAAAUUGAAACAAUUGGAUCAGUUAUUCCUCACAAAACGAGGUCUCGAAGAUCGCCCCUGGAUGAAGCAUUCGCUUUUCGCUCCCGAUACACAACUAGGACUUCAAGAAACUAUCUUACCUUCCAUAAAUGAUGCACUACAGGAUUAUGACCGUGAGAAAGCCAUAGAAUGGCUGGUUAUGCUGCUCAAUCAAUUUCAUAACGUCAAGUCUCUGAUGGAAUGA